AUGAAAUGUGACUCCUGUGAAAUUAACGUACACAACACGUGUGUGACCAACGUGCCCAGUAUGUGCGGGACGGACCACACCGAGCGGAGAGGCCGGCUCUUCCUGAAGGUGGAGGUCAGCGACGAGGUGCUCCAGGUGACAGUUGGCGAAGGCAAAAACCUGAUUCCCAUGGACCCCAAUGGACUGUCAGAUCCAUAUGUCAAACUCAAGCUCAUACCAGACCCCAAAAAUGAGACCAAGCAGAAGACCAAAACCGUCCGAGCCAACCUCAACCCCAAAUGGAACGAGACUUUCAUUUUUAAACUGAAGGCAACGGAUAAGGACCGUAGACUGUCAGUAGAAGUGUGGGACUGGGACCGAACCACCAGGAAUGACUUCAUGGGGUCCCUGUCUUUCGGAGUCUCAGAGCUCCUGAAGUCUCCGGUCUGUGGCUGGUACAAGCUCUUGUGCCAGGAGGAGGGCGAAUAUUACAAUGUCCCAAUCUCAGAAGAAGAUGACGGAAAUGAAGAACUCAGGCAGAAAUAUGAGGACUGCCAAAUAAACCUAAAUCUAAAGGACCAAACAGUUGUGGCGGGGCCUGAACAGAAAGCCAAGCUGGGCCCAGGAAAUAAGAACAUUACAGAGACUGACAAUGCCACCCAGCUUCCCUCCGCCAUCAUGAACGAGGUCCAGCUCAGUGACUUUUCCUUCCUCGCCGUGCUGGGGAAAGGAAGCUUUGGCAAGGUGAUGUUGGCCGAGAUGAAGGAGGGGGAGGAGCUGUAUGCCAUAAAGAUCCUGAAGAAGGAUGUGGUGAUCCAGGAUGAUGACGUGGAGUGCACGAUGGUGGAAAAGAGGGUGCUGGCUCUCCAGGACAAGCCCCCCUUCCUCACCUACCUGCACUCCUGCUUCCAAACAGUGGAUCGUCUGUACUUUGUAAUGGAAUAUGUAAAUGGUGGAGAUUUGAUGUACCACAUCCAACAAGUGGGGAAAUUCAAAGAACCUCAAGCGGUGUUCUAUGCAGCAGAGAUCGCUGUUGGUCUCUUUUUCCUUCACAGUAAAGGGAUCAUCUACAGAGAUCUGAAGUUGGAUAAUGUUAUGCUCGACUCAGAGGGACACAUCAAGAUUGCGGACUUCGGCAUGUGCAAGGAGAACAUGCUGGAAGGAGUGACCACGCGCACAUUCUGUGGCACCCCUGAUUACAUCGCUCCAGAGGUCAGUGCCCCAGGACCAAUCAAAAACACCAGAGUGACGCAAGUCAUCAGACAGAAUAAUGUCUAA